GUGUUCAUCACCAGAUGAGGGGUGAAGCUACAGGCUGACACUUGAAAGAGGAGAAGACAUUCUACAGACAGAGACACUAAAUAUCAUCAUGAAGCUGCUGACUGCAUCUGCACUUCUCUGUGCAAUGAUGGCUCUGACCGCUGCUCAGGAUGAGUGCUAUGUUCUCAAGAAGUCCUCAUCAUGUCCCACUGGUUGGACUGAGUCCAACAACAAAUGUUACUUCUAUGUUUCUACACCCUUACCCUGGGGUGAUGCUCAGAGAAACUGUCAGACCAUGAGUGCAAACCUUGCAUCUGUACAGAGCCUUGGGGAAUACCAGCUAAUUCAGAGGGUGAUAUCUGAUGGGGGUAAAGCUAAUGGACGAACAUGGGUUGGUGGUUCUGAUGGUCAACAGGAGGGUUAUUGGUUUUGGAUCGAUGGAACACGUUUCCAAUACACAAACUGGUGUCGGGGGGAGCCUAACAACUUGGGCAGCGAGCAAUGCAUGGAAAUGAAUUUUCCAGGAGACCUGUGUAUGAAUGAUAUCUCUUGCCAGUCCCGAUUCCCUUCUGUCUGCAUUAAGAGUAAGUGAUGAUUCCUGGGCUGACAUGAAGACACGUCAUCUGAAAAAGAAAGAAAUCUUCUCAUAUCUCACUCAAAAUAUCUGUUUUCACAUCUUUACCUUUUUCUUUUGCUGUAACGAUGCAUAAGGAAUGAAGCGACAAGUGACAUAAAAUAGUGUGAUUGUGUCUUUUAAAAGGAGCAAUUGAAAUGUGUAACGGAAAGAAUGCUUUUAGCAAAAACUUAAAAACAAAACUUUUUUUCUCUUCUGCAUCAUUAAACUAUUAAGCAUUGAAUCAAA